CACCCAUCUCGUCGCGAUGAACGAUCAGGCGUCGUCAUUAAGCCGGGCUGACGACGAUACGUCGUCGUCGCCGAAGCGCAAGAAGAUUCGCCAGAAGUAUGCAUCUCGUGCCUGUGUUGCGUGCAGGCGAUCGAAGCUCAAGUGCUCGGGCGAGAAUCCGUGCCAGCGAUGCACCGACAAUGGGAGGCGCUGCUUCUACUCGGAAGACCAGACGGCAGCCGAAGCUCUGCAAAACCUCAGUCGGCCAGUUCCCGUCCAGCCCUCGCCGGCAGCUCUCCUCAAUGGCAAUGGCUCUGCGAGGAGGAGUUUACUGCCGCGUCAUGAGAGUAGCGAGCGCAGGGCCAGCGAUGCCAGCGUGCUCACAAUGUCCAUGGAGGCGCGCAUGGCCCGCAUUGAGACGAUGAUGGAAGCCCUCAUACACGAGCGAGGCAUGAGCAUGACGCCUGGUGGUGGUAUUGAAAGAGAAGAGAAUGGCAGCGAUGCAGCCUUUUCCAUGCCAGCCCUCGACCCCAUCCAUCCCGCCCUCGCGUCCAUGGGCCUGCAGUCAAGCCUUGCUCUCAUGCCGUCGGACAUGAUGCGCCGGUCGAUAUCUGCUGCCACUCCCUCCACCAUCUGCAUGGGCAGCCGCGCUCUGACCUUCCCGCCUUCGCAAGACUACCACAACUAUCUUCAAGUCUUUUUUGCCGACUUCCAUCCGUUCCAUCCAUGCAUAGACGAGGCACAAUUCCGCAUACGCAGUGAGCACAUGCUAGCAAGUUCCGACCUCCAACACACCGACUCAUGCUUUCUUGCCCUACACUACAUUAUCUUUGCUUGCUGCGAUAUCCUACUGCAUGUUGCACCACCUGCCACUACCAACAGCAACAGCGUUCCUGGUUGGCAGUGGUUUCAGAUUGCUGAUGAGCUGGCUGGGAAGCGCUCUCUAGCUGGGCGGGGCGACUUGAGUUUGCUACAAUUUCUGCUCUUUCAGACUCUUUACUUCACUCUCGCAAACAAGGCCGAUCUUGCUUACAAUAGUAUCGGCCUUGCUAGCAGACUUGUCUUCCAGUUUGGCCUGCAUCGCCAGCCAUCACCCCCAGACGCAAACGUCUUCCAAGACUACAUGCGCCUUCGCAUAUUCUGGAUUAUAUUCGUCACUGAUCAUCGUAUUGCAGUGUCAUGCGGCCGUCCUGAAUCAAUGCCCGAGUCAGAGAUUGAUGUUGAGGAUCGACCAGGCGACUUAUACGAUCGAGAGAUCUAUCACAAGAGACCCAUGCCCAAUUCUGAAUUACUGCGUCCUCUCAAUGAGUUUGUCAACUGUGCAGUGCACUGGUCGCGCCUAGCUGACUCAGUCUGGGACCUCGUGUUCAGUCCACAGGCCUUGAAAACUGAGCUCAAUCGCAAGGAUACGACACAAGUUGACGCUCAGAUUGAGAGUUAUCUUCGCGAUGUCCUCCCCCAACAUGCACCAAAAUUCGGUCACGUGCAACAGGCAACCUUUAUUCACACCAGUUUUAAUAAUCUUCGACUUCUUUUACACCGACGAAUUAUGACGUCGCUGCAGUACGACGCCGCCAUGGGUCGUCUCUGUGGAGAUGUUGCUCUCGAUACUAUCGCUCACAUUCGCGUUUAUGCCGCCGAAGCAAAAGGCCCCUCCCCCUUCCGACACUAUAUGUCAACUUGCCUCUCUAGUGCUCUGUUAGUUCUCUGCACGCUUCUCGUUCGCGAUCUCACUGCGCCGUCUUUGAACCUACAAGCACAGUUGCAAGCCUAUACAGAAGGCUUUCGAGAUGCUGUCGCCAUGAUGUAUGAUCUUGCUCAAAGUCUCCUACAGGCAAGACAUGCUCUUCAAGCCUUUAAUGAGAUUGUGGAUAUAGUGUCGCAAGUAGUUGAGACGUGGCAAAAUUUCGGUCAGGCUACCCAGAUGCCUGAGAGUUGGGCACUUGCAGUCAGAAACACCGUUCCACCUAACGUCGCCGAGCGCUUGCCAUACCGAAACCUAGUCAAUGGCUCUCAACCUGAGCAGUUUUCGCAGACAACUCACCUCGAUCCGUCACUGAGGCUCCCAUGGAACGAAGAUAAUAUGUUGCCAGUUGCACAGACUUUGGAGAGUUGGGAGUUUGAACUCAAUGCCAGAAAUUCCGGAAGUCAAGUCCUCUGGAUCUGACGAAAUCCCAAUAGUCUUAUGUUGGCGUGUUAAAAGCCUGUCCGUCAGGGUUUUCUCCUUUUCCUCACUCGUUGUAAUUUGGAGUGUGGCGAACCAUAGGUUGCUACUUCAAGCCGAUUUCUAGGACUUCAUCUUGUUGUGUGUUUAUAUAGAUACCCCGAGUGCACAGUACCUUACUAGGGGGCGUUUGAAGGUUGCAUACGUAGGCCUUGUCUUUGUUUCAGUUCCUUUUAGUCGCGAAUCAGGUCAAAUGCAAGUGUUUUGUUCUCAAGUUGGAAGGUUUCGGUAUUUUGAUUACUAAAAUGGUGGCAAUCAUGAUUCAGUUAUGCACUCUUUAUCAAAAAGUAUACAAUCUGAUUUCGAGAGUUUUGUGUACAAUACAAGUAACAUACAUAGUCCCGAAAAC